AUGAUUAUUGGGUUAGAUGGAGCUCACCUAACUGGUAAGUUUGGUGGUGUGAUGCUUUCAGCAACAGGUAUAGAUGCUCAGAAUGGGGUAUUUCCUUUAUGUAUGAUGAUUUGUAUGGGUGAAACUGAAGAAAAUUGGUUUAUGAUGUUAAAAGAAUUGAGAAAAAGGAUACCAGAUAUGGCUGGACUGACCUUUAUUUCUGAUAGAAUGAAGGGAAUUCUUGAAUCAGUAAAAAGAUUGUAUCCUUUGUCAAAUCAUAGAUACUGCCUAAGGUACAUUUGUUUUUCACUGGAUUCAGAAAAUCCAAGACUUGUACAGCUUCUUUGGCAGGCUGCAAAGGCAUACAAAUAUCAUCAUUGGGAGGAGGCCAUGCAAGAAAUAGCAGAGAUAUCUCCAGAUGCAUACAAAUACCUGAUUGAUGCAGAACCGAAGUCUUGGGAAAGGUCAUGGUUUCCUCAUGAUGUUGCUUGUGAGCACAUCUACUCCAACUUUUCAGAAAGUUUUAACAACAUGGCCCUGAAAUUCAGAGGCAAGCCUCUCACUCAGUUGGUUGAUAUGUACACACACUUGGUGAUGGUGUUGUUUUCAAAUAGAAGAAAGCUUGCUGCAACUUGGCAAGCUGGUGACCUUGUUCCUGCUGGGAAAGAUCUCAUUAAGGUGAUGUGUGAUCUUAGAGGUAACUAUGAAUGUGAUCCUUCUGUAGAGCACAAAGUGUAUGAGGUGACCAACAAAGCUACUGGCAAAGUUUUUGUCGUAAAAGUAGAAGAAAAAAAAUGUACAUGUAGACAGUGGCAAUUGAGGCAGUUCCCUUGCUUGCAUGGUGUAGUUGCAUUGUUUAAAUUGAAUCCUAAUUGUUCCAAGUAUUGCAGUAAGUACUACACUGUAGAUUACUAUAGGACAGCCUACCAAUGGUCAAUAACACCUUUGGGAGACAUUGAUGAGUAUCAGAAUAAGACUGGUAUUAACAUUAUACAUCCACACAGAUUGAGAGAUAAGGGAAGACCUUGUGUCAAGAGAAAGAAGUCUUGGUAUGAGAAGAACAAGCAGCCCAAAAGAGUAACAAAGUGCAGUGUAUGUAAAGGUCUUGAUCAUAACAUCCUUACCUGUCAAGGUCCUCCAGUUGGUUCUAAUCCAAAGAAGAAAGGAAUUAGAAUGGAAUGUUCUGUUAAUGGAGAUGAGUUUUGUAUUACUGCUGCACCAACAAAGAAGAUGAGGAAGGCCUUGUCUGCACCAACUACUGCAACAACAUCUGCAUCAAAGACUGCUACUGUUGAUGUACCACCAUUUUCAAAGGGCAAGGCAGCUGCUACUACACCAUCUUCUUCUACAGCUGGUUCCCAGAAAAAGUGUAAGACAACUGCACCAUCCUCCUCCACUGCAGUUGAUGUUGGAUCUAAAAGGAAGGUACCAUUUACUUCUUCUACACCUUCUAGUGCCUGUUUUAACCAGAUUUUUAAUGGUACUGUUAACAUUUCUAGCCAAACAAUCAACAUUACUGAACCAUCAUCAAAAAGGGUUAGAAAGCCUAACUCCAAGUAUCAACAAUAG